AUGGCAGGUGUUGGCAUGUUGUUGAAGGACAACACUGUCAAGGUGUUUAUACAAGACAGUAAGAAAUAUAGAGCGUGUGACAUCAUUGAACUGGUUGAAAAUAAACUUGGCACGCACUCGGUUUUGGCUUGUAACAACUCUUAUGAUGUGACAUUAAUCAAUAAAACAAUUGCGAGUCAAUUAGUCAAUGAAGGGCUAAUUAAUGGUGAUGAUGGUUUACAUUGUAAAUUUGUAGAUUCUCGAAUUAAGGUCGUGUCAUUUAUGCAUAUUCCUGUAUAUGUUAAUGAUGCAGAAAUCUUUGCUAAAUUAGAUUCAUGGGGUGUCAAGCCAGCAGGCCCACUUACCAGGAAAACGGCAGAUUUUAAUGGGAAAAGAAAGUAUGAUGGUACUCGCUUUCUUAAGGUGGAAUUUCCUCCGACUAAAUCCAGUUUGCCUUAUGCGACUAAUUUUGAUGGUUUGUCGUAUUCAAUUCGACACAAUGAUCAAGAAAAAGUUUGCUUCGUUUGUUUACAGCCGGGUCAUAUUAUUUCUCAAUGUCCAGAGUUAAAAUGUUUUAAAUGCCAACAACCUGGUCAUGGGAAGAGGUCAUGUGUUGCAGUUUUGUGUCCGAGGUGUUCUUUGUAUGACUGGAAAUGUGAGUGCGUCGCAAGUGGUGCAGAUGCGGUGUUUGAAAUAACAACUGGUGUAGGUGAAGAGGCCAGCACGAGCACUAACGGUAAAGGUACCUUUGGUGUUGGCAAUGAGCCAGUCACUGAUAACAGUAGUGGUGUGAAUAAGCCUGUUGUUGAUAAAUUUCAGGAGUCCGUUGUUGAUAAAUUACAUGUGGAAAAUAGUAUUGAUAUUGAAAUUCCUGUUGAUGAGAGUGCAGAAAGUGCUGCACAAAGUUUGCCUAUUAUUUUAAUUUCUGAUCCCAUUGAUCAAAUAUCUGGUGUGGAUGAGAGGAAAGAUGUAACUUCAAUUGUUUUUGAUGAUGUCAAUGAGAUGGAGACAGAUAACAGUGGUAUUAAUAAAGAAGGUCAAAUGACUGAGUUUAAAAAUCCAAAGCGUAAAAAAGUAUCAGGUGCCAUUAUUAGUGAGUCAGUUAUGAAACUGCGGAAUAGUCAAUCGAUUUCACAAUUCAAGAAAACGGUCGGUAAAAAAUCUGAUAAAUCGGUGAAAAAUUUAACUCCUGUUAAAAAUAAAUCUUUCUAA